AUGGAAGCCAAUAGCUCGACCAUGUAUUUGGAUGAGGGUAACACCAUCCAAUGUCGUGAGAUGGAAUAUAUGAAAAGUUGUAGUAGCAAGAGCAGAGCUGAAAUUCCAUUUCAUUUCCGAACCGAUGAUGAAGAAGAGAUGAUGAAUGGUCAUAUGAGAGUAAUUGAACACACAAACAAUCUCGGAAAUUUGCCAAUGGAAAUGAUUCAUUAUAUUUGCAGACAUUUACAUUCGGAUCAAUUAUUUCGUUCGUUGUUUGUUUUGAAUCGUCAUUGGUAUGAGUGUUUGAGAACCUAUCCAACAGUGUUUUUAAGAAAAUGUAGAAAUAGUGAAGGUGCAUUGCAAGUACUGAAAGAUCGCUUUAUAGAUUUGAGGUUUUUGAAUUUGAGUGGAUUAGAAUUGCAUGACAGAGAGGGAAAUUGCCAACACGUCUUGAAGGAGUUGAGAGAAGCUAUGAAUUCAUCAUGUAAACGAUUACGGUAUUUCAGAAUAUCCAAUUGUUUGACAUCUCCAGUUCAAAAAAGUGCAGCAAAUCAAAUGAUCUUACGAGAUAUUGAUUCAGAACUUGGAAAGGAUGGAUAUAAUUGGUUCGCUCAGCCCUCCGAAGAUGGAAACGGAAGAGAAAUUACCAUUGAAAUCUCAACGAAACAUAUUGAGACUGUAGUGUUUGAAAUGCUUGGGCAAAUUAGUCGCAUUCGAGUUGUGAGCAUUGAGGAUCAAGAACAGGAUAGAAACUGUAAUUUAAAACCAAAUUCCAUUUCAUUAUUUAUUUCGAGGUGUAGAUAUGUUUCAAAAGACACUUUUGAUACAAUGUCUGAGAACCGUGAAUUCUGCGAGCGUGUGGCUGAACUGAUGUUGGAAUGGAACAUUGGCGUCGAUGAUUUAACGAUAGAGUCGAUUUGUAGAUCCUUCCCGAACAUUGAAAAACUAAGCGUUGCCAACUGCGUCUCUAUUGGCUCAGCUGGGUUUGGAUUGAUUUCAUCCGUGCACAAUUUACGAUCUCUGGUUGUUGUUGGAACAAAAAUUAAGGAUGAAGACCUUAUCAAACUUUCUUCACUUCCUAAUUUGAAAGCAAUUGAUCUCACAGGAACCAAAGUAACCAUCAUGUUUGAAGAGUCGUACAUGAAAUUUGUUGAGAAUUGUCCUCAGCUUGAAGAAUUAUCGUUAUCAGAUUGCAAUUUGAGCGAUGCUACAGUCCUGUUGAUUAAGAAACAUCUUAAACAAUUAAGAAAAUUAGACUUGUCAUGGAAUGUUGAAAUGGCUGAUGCAGGAAUGGAUAAUAUUCUUGGAGAACUUCCUCGCUUAGAGCAGUUGACAGUCAUCUCAGGUGCAAAAAUUGAGCAUGCAAUGCUUUUAAAAGAACGGAAUGCCCCAAAUCCAUUAUUACCUCAUCUGAAAAAGCUGUGCCUGGGAAUGAGAAACUUCCAAUCAGCGCAAAGUGUGAGCAAUAUUCUUCAGAAUGCUCCAAAUUUGACCUCACUGUUGUUGUCUGGAUGCUCAUUAUUGACUUCGGAUUCAUUUGAGGUGUCCCCUGCCAACUGCUCCCUUAACAAACUGAAGGAAGUUCACCUCAUGAGAUGUCGACGCUUAGAUGAUUCAGCGCUUGAUAAGCUCCUUCCACUGUGUAUUACAAGUCUCGACUCGUUGCUAUUACAAAAAACAAAGAUUUCAAAGGCCAAGAUUGAGCAAUGGAAACAUCAAUCAGGAGGAGUUUUGAAAAAGAUUGGAUAUCCAAAAUAUUAA